GCACAUAUAAAUAUUGAAAAAAUAACAAACAAAUACUGCUGCAGUCUGAAAAGCCGCAAAACCAACACGCCUAUUUCCUCCAUUUCUGUGCCUUGGUGCUUAGUUACGGAGAGAUGAGGUGACCUACUCUCCUAACGGCGUAACGGACAUCCGAAAAGGAGACACGUGCCGAAGAAAAAGAAAAAGAAAAAAAAGGGUCGGGCCAGUUGAUGGCUUUAGAGCAGGAAUUGUCCCUGGGUCAGAAUACGAAUUCGAAUAGGAAUCCGAACCCAGUUGAUUGCGUGGAUGUUCGGGGUGAGGGUGGAGACGAGGGAGGGAAAGCGCCGAGACUGCCUCGGUGGACGAGGCAAGAAAUUCUGGUUCUGAUACAGGGAAAGAGAGACGCUGAAAACAAGUUCAGGAGGGGCCGAACGGCCGGAUUGCCAUUAGGGUCGGGUCAGGUGGAGCCCAAAUGGGCAUCGGUCUCUUCCUACUGCAGAAAGCAUGGAGUCAACAGAGGUCCGGUUCAGUGCCGGAAAAGGUGGAGCAAUUUGGCCGGAGACUACAAGAAGAUCAAAGAAUGGGAAUCUCAGAUAAGAGAGGAGUCGGAUUCCUUUUGGGUCAUGAGAAACGAUUUAAGGAGAGACCGGAAAUUGCCCGGAUUUUUUGACAAGGAAGUUUAUGAUAUUCUCGAUUCAGGCUCCCAAGGUCCGGCGUUGGCUCUCGCUCUUUCAUCGCCUCCUUCAAUGACAGUAACGGUGUGCAAGGACAUGCGCAUGGACAUGGACACCAAAAGAGGGUAUGCACCUGCCCCUUCCUCAGCCUCAGCCCCUGCCCCUGCCCCUGCCCCUGUCCCUGCCCCUGUCCCUGCCCCUGCUGAGCCUGAGGAGCCUCACCUCUACGAUAGUAAUCGGAGCGUGCCUGUUGAGGAUGGUUUGUUUUCAGAUUUCGAACAAGAUGAAGCCUCUGCCAGUCCCGAGAAGAAGGACAUUUUUCCGCCCUCCAACAGGGACUUCCCUGCUCCCAUUCCUAUAUCAGCAUAUUUUCUUCUCCUUUACGUAAAAGCAAUAUCAACCACUCCUCCGUGGAUGCCAAGGGGAAGGUAAUGUUCAAUAUAAUACCACACAGCUUUCACAACUGCUUUAUCACAUUUGUGUUAUUGCUUCUGAUUUCCUAAAGGCUUAAAUAUAAUUUUGGUUUAGUAUAGGAAUCAUUUUUGUCUCCCUAGUUUUUAAUCAGCUUAUUUUUUACGGAGACAACUUAAUUAGUGAAAUCUAAGCUUAUUUUAAAAUAGCUGACUUUUAGACUUGUUUGAUUGAUAUUCUCCAUAAGCACGUGGAAGAGAGUAAAGAAUGUAAAGUGAAUCGAGUUUCUUUCGUAAGUUCAAACCAACUUAUGCACUUUAGCUUUUGGAGAAGCUAAAUGAGAUAGCUAAGUUCAUCAGUUGAUUUUAGAUGACUUCUAGUCAUAACAUGAUAGAUGGUCUACCAUGCACCAAAAUUUGUAGCCCUUUGAUUAAUCUCAACCUUUCCCUUCAGUUUUCUCCAUCAAAAAUUAUUUCUAGCAAUAUAAAUAAUUGUAUGGUUCAAGACUCCACCUACAAACCGCUCCUUAAUGUCAAAGCACCAGCUUGGUGGUUGGCCGAUUAGCAUUGUCAGCAUUGCUACAGACAAGAUCUCCGACAUGCUAAAAAGUGCAACAAGAACCUUGACAAGGAAAAGGACAUUGAGAUGCUUUUGAACCCAUCCAUAACUAUGUUUUUGACCAACUUGCAUCCAUUGAGAAGUUCCUACCAAUAUGUUUUAGACCAACUUGUAUCAAUUGGGAAGUUAACUGACAAAUUUCAGGAGGCUGCACAUGUUCUAAAGUGGUGGAAUUUGACGCUUGAUGGUGAAGAUGGACCCGAUGUUGUUGUUUUUUUUAGAUCGGCAAUAUUAGUUAGUAGUGUUUUGUUAGUAGGGAGAGAUGAACGCACAACAUCUCCCACCUUCUCUUCCAACUUUACCUUUAAGCCAACCUUGAGAGUCCCAAGAUGUUGUUGGUGUUUCUAAGGGAAGUGAUUUGGAUAUCUGAAAUAUGUAGGAAAGGAGAUGAAAACAGGGGAAUCAAAACAUUGCCACUGGAAAUUAAUGUCAUGUUAUGCCUCUAUUACAUUUCGGUUAAUUAUUGAAUAGAAAUUUUGAAGUGAGAGACUUAGCCUAAAAACAAUGAUGACUAAAUGUGAGCAAUUAAAAUAAAUAGAGGACCAAAGUCACACAUAGAUUCAGGUAUGAGACUAACAGUGAAAUUAAGUCAUUUUCAAAUGAGAAUAUCCAUUUCGCAAACGUGCUGA